UUAUUCUACCCUGAGACAUUCUAGGUUGGAUAUUCGACAGAUAUUCAGAUCCACACUCUUCAGACAAAUCAUAUAAAAUGCACAAAGGGUUAAAAACUCAUGAACGUUGCAGUGCCCUGUGAGGCUUAGGUAGCAGCAUAAUUUCCACUCAUUUCGGGGUCACUGGCUACCGUAGCCUAGAAGCUGUUAAAACAUCUUAUAAAAUACAAUAAAGGGUUAAAUUAGUAGGUUCUACAAUAUGCAUUCAUUUUGAAGUCAUUGGAUCCCAUGGCAUGGAAGUUAUUGCAAUUAGUAUUUUGUAAUUUGGGCAGUAAUUCGUUGACGAUCCCUAAAUCAGCGGUAGGCGAUCAUCUGCGAGGCCGUGGAAUUAAACUGGGCGUCUUUCGACCGCUUUAUACCGGCUAGCGUGAGCGAAACACCGCCGCUAAGUCUGGAGAGUGUGGAUCUGAAUAUCUGUCCAAUAUCCAACGUAAAACUGGCUUCACCUCGGUCAUUUUACAAUGGAAAACCGGGUCUGAAGAAGGUCAAUGUCAAAUAUUAAGGCAAUGAUACCAGCUUCGUUCAGUGCAGCACCUGAAACAUGGCUGGCAUCGCAUAUUAAACUUUGUUUUGAUUGCUAAGAUCGUCAAAUCGUGAGUGCUGCAGGUCGGAUGGCUGCAUUGUUGAGACGCCCGAGCUUCCUGGCCUUCCGGGUUUUGCUUAGGUGGAGCAGAAGGACCUGGCAGCCUCAUAUUCAACCCCUCAGUCUCUCAGUUGCUCCCCUAGGGAGGCACAAAGACAGGAAUAACUAUCCCCUGGAGUACCCCCAGCAGGAGCUCCGGCGACGUCUCACACCCAUCCAGUACCACGUCACGCAAGAGGCUGGCACUGAGAGGCCCUUUGUAGGAGAGUUUACAGACCACAAGGAAGAUGGUACAUAUGCAUGCGUGGUCUGCGGGACACCGCUGUUCAGCUCCGAUAAGAAGUUUGACUCAGGAUCAGGAUGGCCGUCAUUCUUUGAUCUGCUUCAUGAGGAAUCCAUCACUCUGACUGACGACUCCUCCUAUGGGAUGCGCAGAGUGGAAACCACCUGCAGUCAGUGCGGGGCUCACCUGGGGCACGUGUUUGACGAUGGACCCCGGCCUACGGGAAAGCGAUACUGCAUCAAUUCCGCUGCCCUGACCUUCCGGCCGCGGGACCCAGGGGGAGCCGGCGGGUCAGGAUAGGGGACCCAGAAUUCUGUGCUGCAGGAAGAUAAACUCGAAUGCUGCAGCUCCUCACGACAGUGAACCUAUUCCCGGCUCAAUCCUGAAGUGAAAAAUGACCUGGACUGAAGGACCUGCCAGCUCUGUACUCUGUAAGAUUACUCUCUUCAGGUAAAAUGUGAAGUAGCAUCUGUACUCAGCACUGUGGUAUGGACACCUAUAUCAGCGACCAAGUCGGAAUAUGUAGGAAAAUUUGUAACAGAUAUUGUUUCUGAAAUAAACAAUUCAGACAGGAGUAAAAUUUUGAAUGUAAAUUUGAAUAAACCUGUUAAACGUU